AUGGACGUCCCGUAUGAUUUUGACGUGGUCAUUGUCGGCGCCGGCAUCGCCGGCAUCUGCACUGCCUAUCGCUUGCAGGAGAGAUGUCCCAAACUGAGCUACUGCAUUCUCGAGGGUCGUCAUGAAAUCGGAGGCACAUGGAGCCUGUUUCAAUACCCAGGUAUUCGUUCCGAUUCGGACCUCUACACAUACAGCUUUCCAUGGCGCCCUUGGAAGGGAAAGACCAUCGCCACUGGGGCUCAGAUCCUCGGGUAUCUCAAGGACGCGGCGCGUGAGCACGGAUUGGAUAAGCACACUAGGCUGAACCGCCAGGUGGACAACAUGAGUUGGUCAAACACAACCGGGGCGUGGACUUUGGAAGUCACAAACACAGCUACGGCCGACACUACCGCCAAGACGGAGCGCAUCCGGUGCCGAUUCGUGCUGCUCUCAACCGGCUACUACGACUACGAGACGCCCCUGCAGGCCAAGAUCCCAGGCCUGGAGGACUUUCAGGGCACCGUCGUGCACCCGCAGUUCUGGCCUAAGGAUCUCGACUUUCGGGGCAAAAACGUCGUCGUCGUCGGAUCCGCGCUCGCCAACCUACAUCACCUCAGUGCCGUCCGAGAGUGCAGUGCAAUCUCUGACCAAGCUGGUACUGCCGCAGGACUUGGCGUCUCCAUUGAACCCAAUUUCACACCCAAAUAUGAGCCUUUCGACCAGAACCUGUGUCUCACGCCCGAUUCCGACUUUUAUGAAAUUCUUCGCCAAGGGAAGACGAGCAUAAAGACAGGCUAUAUUGAUCGUGUGACGCCCAAGGGCAUCAGGCUCCAAACGGGCCCGGAGCUCCAGCCUGAUAUCAUCGUGACCGCCACGGGGUUGAAGUUGCGCUUCGGCGGUAGUAUUCGAAUCUCGGUGGAUGGCAGACCCUUUACGCUCAGCGAGCACUUUGUCUGGAAAGGAUGCAUGCUCGAUAGUUUGCCGAAUUGUGUCGCCAUCAUCGGGUAUUAUGACGCCAGUUGGACCCUGGGCACCGAUAUAUCGGCCAAGAUGGCGUGCCGUUUGCUGAACAAAGCGAUGCGUGGUAAGAAGAAGACCAUGCCUAAUUCCAAAGGCUGGCGACAGACCACAAUGGCAGCCAAGGAAAUCGUAUUGGUCUGA